AAACAUGGCUGGGUUACAGAAGAAGGGACACAGCUGCUCUUAUUAGGACAAAUUCCAGGGGGAAACAUCCGUCCGAUUUUCAUAUGAAAGUAUCCAGCCUUCAAAGUUUUCCUCCUGUUUUUUGCGGGGCUUGUUCCAUGUGAAGACAGAGUAAAGACAGAAUCAUGCACAAGCUCUCAAGGGCAACGCUGUGCCUAAACGGACUUGGUCGGUGUUUAAUUGCAGAAAAGUAUGUAUCUGCUAUAAAAAUCACCAGCAGAGGAUUUGUGUGUGCAGAACAUAGGGACGAGUCUGGCAAAAAUGAGGUUUAUGAUGUUAUUAUUUCCGGGGGAGGAAUGAUUGGAUCUGCAAUGGCAUGUUCCUUGGGCAUGGAUCCCAACUUGGAGGGUAAGAAGAUUCUUCUCCUUGAAGCUGGCAACAAGAAAGUGAUGGACAAGGUCCCAGACACCUACAGCACCAGAGUCAGCUCCAUCAGUCCAGGCUCCGCCUCCCUCCUCACGGGUAUUGGAGCAUGGGAUCACAUCACACAGAUGAGGUGCAAACCCUAUAAAAAGAUGCAGGUUUGGGACUCCUGCUCAGAUGCCCUGAUCACAUUCGAUAAGGACAACCUGGAGGACGAGAUGGCAUACAUCGUGGAGAACGACAUCGCUGUGGCUGCUUUAACUAAACAGCUGGACAGCCUUUCUGAUAACGUGCGAGUUCAGUACAGGUCCAAGGUGGUGAAGUACGCAUGGCCGAUGCCCCACCAGGCAGCUGACUCUAUCCCAUGGGUCAAGGUCACGUUGGCCAGCGGAGAGACGGUUCAGACCAAGCUGUUGAUCGGUGCAGACGGACCAAACUCAAUGGUGCGCCAGGCCCUGGGGAUACCCACAGUCAAGUGGAAUUAUGACCAAUCAGCUGUGGUCGCUGUGCUGAAUCUAUCAGAGCCCACAGAGAACAAUGUCGCAUGGCAGCGGUUCCUCCCAACUGGACCCAUUGCAAUGUUACCGCUGUCGGACACAGAGAGCUCUCUGGUGUGGUCGACCAGCCAUCGGCUCGCAGAGGAGCUGCUGGAGCUGGAUGAGGAGAGCUUUGUCGACGCUAUCAACUCUGCCUUUUGGAGUAAUGAGAACCAGUCGGAGCUGAUUGAGACGGCCGGCUCUCUGUUCCGCAGCGCCCUGUCUGUCUUAAUGCCGUCCGCAGGUUCACCUCGACAGCUUCCCCCCAGUGUGGCGGGGAUCAGCCCGAAGUCCAGGGUCAUGUUUCCUCUGGGCAUGGGUCAUGCCUCAGAGUACAUCAGGCACCGCGUAGCUCUCAUUGGGGAUGCAGCCCAUCGUGUCCAUCCUCUGGCGGGUCAGGGAGCCAACCUAGGCUUUGGGGAUGUGGCUUGCCUCACAAAGAUCCUGAGCCAGGCAGCCUUUGACGGGAAGGACUUGGGAGCAAUACAGCACCUGUUAGAAUAUGAAACAGAACGCCAGCGGAAAAAUCUUCCCAUGAUGGCCGCCAUCGACCUGAUGAAGCGCCUUUACUCCACUAACGCCGCUCCCGUGGUUCUCCUACGCACCUUUGGUCUGCAGGCCACCAACAUGAUCCCAACGCUAAAAGAGCAGAUCAUGUCAUUUGCAAACAAGUGAUGCAUUCGUUUUCAGUGGAUCUUUAAAGAUUGUAAGUUUCAGAGGCUGUAAAAUGUGUGAAUGUAGAAACAAUUAAAUACUAAGAUAUAUUUUAA